CAAAAAACUACUACCGAGGCGAUGAGUAAAUAGGCGCGCCUAAACAGUUACAAACUGUGUCAAAUCGUAUCUUUCGAAUAACUUUCUUAAACUCCUGUCAUUGUUCAUAUUCAUACCUUUUUCUGCCAUCAAAUUUCUCCUAUACGCGUUAACAACAGAUAUCUUCCAUCGAACAACAAAAUCAAAGUUUUUUCAUCAUUGGUUGAUUCAUCUGUUUCAGUAAGUUCGGUUUUGACUUGGAAUAUCGGAAAUGGACGCUAUACGAAAGCAAGCAAGCAAACUCAGGGAACAAGUAGCGAAACAGCAACAGGCUGUGUUAAGUCGUCUGGGUAAAGAUGCCGAAAUAUUUGAUGAUGAUGAACUUCAUUGUCACCAAAAACUUCAAGAUCUUUGUAAUUCGACAAGGGUAACUAAGCAUUUUCAAAAGGACAUUGUUCGUGGUGUUGAAGGGUUUAUUUCAAUAAGCAGAAAACAGAAACAUAUAGCAAAAAGAUUGGCUGAAGAUUGUCACAAAUUUGGUACCGAAAGCACAACUGCUGAUUUCCCCCUUGCAAAGGCUGCUCUAGAACUUGGUACUUCACAAAGGUCUAUUGAAGACAAGAGGGACACUAUGCUUGAGAUACUUAACAAUCAGGUAUGUGAGCCACUGAGAGCAUCAAUCAAAGGAGCUCCAUUAGAGGACGCUCGCCAUUUGGCUCGAAGUUGUGACAGACUUCGCCAAGAAGUCGAAACACAGGCAGUGGAGGUUUUAAGGCGUCAAACAAAGUUUAGAGAUCCAAGUACAGAGAGUGUCUUGAAACUUAAAAACAUGGAAACAAAGUUAAGUGAGGUUCGUGCUUCCAUGGUAACACUUCAAAAAGAAGCUAUUUCUGCUAUGUUGUCAGUGGAAGAACACCAACAGAAAAUAACCAUGCAAAAGCUUCUUAUGAUGGUGGAUGCUGAAAGGGAUUAUCAUCGCCAUGUUUUGGCUAUCCUAGAGGAGUUGCAUACUGAGAUGAUUUUGGCAAAGCAUAUGCAAGAAUCGUCUCCAUCUGCUAAUGAGAAAGAUACAAUUGUUCCAUCUGAUGGUGCCCCUCAACAUGAGCAUGAAAAGCAUCCGAGUGAAAAUCAAGAUUAUGACUAUUUUAUUGGAAAGGUGGUUCAUCCGUUUGAUGCUCAAGCAGAUGGUGAACUAAGUCUUUCCGUUGAUGAUUUUGUGAUUGUGCGCCAGGUGUCUCCUAGUGGAUGGUCUGAAGGAGAAUGCAAUGGAAAGACAGGGUGGUUUCCAUCAGCUUAUCUGGAAAGGCAAGAAAACCCAAAACCUAGGUAACAACUAACAACAGCACAUCUGUUAUAUAAUAUAGGUAUUAUGUAAUAUAUUAGUUGUACGUACAUAUGUAAUUAUUUGCAAUUUGCUAAUUGUAUAUGGGAAUGAUACAUGC